AUGGAGGAGAAACGGAGUCAAGAAUAUAAAACUGCAUCAGAGAAACACUAUCAACCAUUCAUCCAGUGUAUCGACAAGUGGAUUCAAUCGUCCGUGGAUUAUCAAGACUACAGAAUGUUUCGUCAUUUGGUGCAUCUCUGCCUUUUUCUGUCAGUAUGCCGGAUCAGCUCAGUGAUGAGCUGCAGAUGGAUCAAACGUAAGUUUCAGCACCAUCAUGGAGUGUCUCUAGAUCUGAUUGGAAAUAUGGGUGAGAAAAUCACUGAGAACCAGGCACACAUAAAUCCCAUCCCAUAUGAAAUGAUCAACAAUCACAGAAGUGCAGAGCCAGAAAAACAGAUCCUGUUCGCUAUUCAGAUUCUGGUAGAGAUCACUGGCCUUUUUGAAGAUGCUGAAGAUGCCCCUUGGGAUGAUAAAAAGAUGGAGGAUUUCUUAAAUGUCGUCCAUGAGGAGAUUAAUGGGCUACGCUCAUGUGGUGAUUUCAAAAUUAAGAGGAACAAAAAGCUGCAUCUGUAUUUUGAAAGACUGAUACGUAUGACACAACUGAAGACGGAGAAUGUGGGUAAAAGCUGGGAGAUUGUCAGGAAACGGGUCAUAAGCCUCAUGAACCAGCUGGAGUUCUUCUCUUUCCACACUCAUCCUUAACAACUGGAGGUUAAACACCGAG